CGGCCCUCUGGACAUCAAGAUGGCGAUGGAGAUUCGGCUUCCUGUGGCUCGCCCGCGGCUACCUGAGAGCUUGGACCGGGACACACAGAAGCACUUAGUGGUACCCGGGGACACGAUCACCACGGAUACUGGCUUCAUGCGGGGCCAUGGUACCUAUAUGGGAGAUGAGAAGCUUAUAGCAUCUGUGGCUGGCUCUGUGGAGAGAGUAAACAAGCUGAUCUGUGUGAAAGCUUUGAAAACAAGGUAUAAUGGUGAAGUAGGAGACAUUGUGGUGGGGAGAAUCACAGAGGUUCAGCAGAAGCGAUGGAAGGUGGAGACCAACUCCAGGCUGGAUUCAGUCUUGCUUCUCUCAUCCAUGAACCUUCCAGGAGGAGAGCUGAGGAGAAGAUCUGCAGAAGAUGAACUUGCAAUGAGGGACUUCUUACGGGAAGGGGACCUUAUUAGUGCUGAGGUCCAGGCAGUGUUUUCUGAUGGUGCUGUGUCUCUACAUACCAGGAGUCUAAAAUAUGGAAAACUUGGACAGGGAGUUCUCGUCCAGGUUUCCCCUUCCCUGGUGAAACGACAGAAGACCCACUUCCAUGACUUGCCUUGUGGUGCCUCCGUGAUUUUGGGCAAUAAUGGCUUCAUCUGGAUUUACCCAACUCCUGAGCAGAGAGAAGAAGAAGCAGGGGGCUUCAUUGCCAAUCUAGAGCCAGUGCCACUCUCUGAUCGGGAGGUGAUAUCUCGGCUCCGGAACUGCAUCAUUUCCCUGGUAUCGCAGAAGAUGAUGUUAUUCGACACUAGCCUUCUCUACUGCUAUGAAGCAUCUCUUUCCCAUCAGAUCAAGGACAUUUUAAAACCAGAGAUAAUGGAAGAAAUUGUAAUGGAAACUCGACAGAGGCUUUUGGAACAGGAGGGAUAAGGAAAGGAAUCUGGAGAUGAAGAAUGAUGUAUAUUUUUGGCUGAUGCAGUUCUUGGGGAGAGCCUAGUCAUGUGUCUGGUUCUUAGUAGGGACAUGACAGUUUUUUCAGUAGACAAUUUGACUAACGGAUGUACAUACAGGAGCCACUGUGAUGGACACACAGCAUUAAGCUCAAUGAAGAACGAAGAGAAGAAUCACUUGAUCAGUACUGACAGGCAUUCUUCUGUCUCUUACCUGUAGCUCUUCUUUCUUCUUUCCCUUCAUAUAGAAAAUGAGCAGGGGCAGCUAGGUGGCUCAGUGGAUAAAGCACUGGCCCUGGAUUCAGGAGGACCUGCGUUCAAAUCUGGCCUCAGACACUUGACACUUA